AUGCUGUGCCCAAGCUGCCCGAAUCUUGCAUAUAUAAUGGCGACCGAAUUAUCGUUGUCGCCGCCAGAAAGUUAUCAUACUCUUGGUUGCAGAGUCGCAGAUAAUCGAGAAAAUGCCGCUGAAGAUUUCCGAUGCCACGAUUGCAAGCUUCGCUGAAGCCUUCGAAAAGUUUCGUUCAGAUGUGCCGAAGAACAAGCUCAAUCUAAUCCUCUUCCUGGUCGACAAAGACCCUGCUACCUCCCUUAGCAUUUGCCCUGACUGCUCUAGGGCUGAGCCCGUGAUCUACAAAAAACUGGAAUCUGCAUCAGAUGAUAUUGCACUGUUGAGGACUUAUGUAGGAGACAUACCAGCAUGGAAAAACCCUCAGAAUCCUUGGAGAGAGGAUUCAAGGUUCAAGCUCACAUCGGUACCGACAUUGAUCCGUUGGGAGAACGACACAAUCAAAGGUCGUCUGGAGGACAAUGAAGCCUACAUUGAAGACAAGAUUGAAGCCCUUGUUGCCUGAAAUGAUUGCUGGUGUAGCUCACUUCAGAAUGUAAGAUCCACUAUUUAUGGCGUUUUAUCUUCCCAGCAAUCCAUCCAGGGAAAAAGCUUUCAAAAAGUUUGUCACUUUCUUUAUCUGGCUUCCUCUACCAGAGAAGGCAUGUAAUAAUAAUUUAGCAUCAAAGCAAAGAAUGAAGCCAAUGUAUGAGCAUA